AUGGCUUCUUUCUGUAAAAAUGUUAUAACGACAUUGUAGUAAUUCGAAAAUCAAUAUCCAGAAUCUUGGAAGCAAUAAAUGAGAAUCAUAUUAAGGCUAAUAGUUGGAUGCAAACCAGUCUAUGGAGCAGAAACUUCAGCACCACUUUAUGAAAUAUUAAAGGAUGAUCUAUUGUAACAAGAAGAUUUUUAUUCUCCAAAAUAGUGGCCAUUUUAGUGA